AGCAACUGAACAACAAUACACGAGUACACCACAAGAACAAUACACGAGUAGACCACAAGUUCAUCUUGUCGCACAUCGGUCAGAGUACAGUGCGUGAAAAUCAAGGACAAUGGACGCGGCCGACAAGGCGGCCGGGCACGGCGGCGCCACCGGCCCCGCGGGGAACCACGGAGGUGCUCCUGCUGGUGCUGGUGCCGGGGGCGUGCAGCAGCUCCAGGCGACGAGGGACGACCGCAAGACCGACGGCGGUCUGGGCCGUUCCGGCGGGCCCACAGGGAACCACGGCGGUGCUCCUACGGGCGGCGCGGCCGCCACCGGUGAGAAGAAGGGCGUCGUUGACAAUAUCAAGGAGAAGCUUCCCGGCGCCGGCGGGCAGCAGUGAGAGCGUCGAGUCACUGAGCUACAUGUGCCACAGCCUCUCGCACUACGUGUAAAAAGCUCAGCCAUGCUGUUACAAAUAAAUAA